CGCUUUCUGUCAAUUCUCGCCAAAGCACUAUGUCUACAUAGUGCUUUGGCGAGAAUUGAAUUUGAAACGCGGGGCUCUGUUGGCGCGCAGUGCACGCGUCCCCGUUAAUUUGGGAUUUUAACAUUAAGUCCUCAUAUCCAUUAUAAAGCCAACGCCUAUAUUUGAAAUCGCCGCUGAUGAAACCUAUGAAGCCAGGACACGGCGUACCCCGCGUAGAAGAAUCCACGGCGUAGGUGAAUCCUGCAUCGGCCGUCCAUGAGCAGUAGGACUGGUCCGAAUGGCUGUCAGCCACCUUUACCAGGACAAUCUGCGUCAACUUGCGAAAAUGAGGAUGUGACAAACACUGAAAAUGUGGAGAAAGAGAAAGAUUUCUGCCGGGACUUUAUAUGGGGGCAGUGUAACAAGGGUGCACAGUGCAAGUACCGCCACGAGCUUGUGUUCGAGGUUAUGAAAAAGACUUUAAAGUUCUGUCACGACUUUCAAAAUUCGGCUGGAUGUUCUCGCGAACUGUGUACAUAUCUGCACGCCACUAAGGAGGAGCAGAGUUUGUUUAAAUCUACCGGGCAACUGCCGCGGGUUUUAGCGGAGCGUCACGCCAACAUGUCUGCAGCCGCAGCUGAGACUAUCCCCCAGAUUGCAUUAUACAUACAAGAGAGUUACGCGGGCCCACCUCCGCCGCCACCGCCACCACCUUUGCCGGCUGUGUCUGCGCCGGCUAGUGUUGCCCCCGCUGCAGCGUUCCCGCGACCGCCCGUCGUGUCGGUUGCGCCAAUCGCCCCGCGUCCCGUGAUGCCUAUUGGACAACCACCGCUGCCGCCGCCGCCGCCGCCGCCACCGACGGUUCCAACUACUUCAGUUCGGCAGCAGGCGCCUGUAUUUACAGCACCCCCUCCAACGGCACCUUUUACAAUGGCCCAUCCACCUCCAUCUAUACCGGUAUAUGAUUCCAGUAAACCACCACCGCCAAUAAUGCCAGCGCACGCUCAAAUAAAAAGUAGCGAACCUACGAAAAGGAAAGCCUCGAAUGACGAUUCAAAUGUGCGAAUCAAAAUGAAAAAGGGAGAGGAUGAAACAAUUGCAGACCAGCUGUGUGAAAAUUGUGUGCAAAGGGAACUAAGGAUCGAUGCGAUAAAAAAACAAUUAGAAGCUAUUAAUGAAGAGGAGGAAUAUGGGACUCUUGAUUAUAAAAAAAAGAUUGAGGAGUACCAGAACUUGAAAGAAAUAUUGAAGUCACUAAUCAGCACUGAUUUGGUUCAAAAGUUCGUUGAAGAAAAUGUAGAGGUUGGAGAAAACUCUUACUACAUCAAGAGGUACAUCAAGGACAUAGGACAUAGGACGUGCAUAUGCACGCCACUACUUGCUUGCCUAUCGUCGCUUAUAACCGAUUUUGGUUACAAACUCAAAAUCGACUCCCUGCUCCGUUUAACUUCUGUGCCACAUACUGGAAUCUCUCAAAAUCAAUCCAAUAAUAAUACUAUAUUUGAUCAAGAACCGUUCAAUGCAGGUGUUUCAACCGUGACCAUGUUAAUUAAAUUUAUAAAUGGAUAUAUCCGUUUUCUAAAUGAAUUUUUUGCUAUAUAUUUCAGGGAAUCCCUCAAAAUCAAUCCAAUAAUACUAUAUUUGAUGAAGAACCGUCAAAUGCAGGAGCCCAUUAAAAUCAAUCCAAUAAUACAUUGUUCAAUCAAGCAGCGUUAUUUGGUCACGGCACAACAAAAGAGCUUUGAUGAAUCACUUAUUCAAGCUUUAUCUUCUUUGGCUGGAGAAAGUAAUCCUGUCAAAAUAAAACACAAUAAUAAAAAUAACGCAUCUCCUGAGAUAUUGCAAACGUUUUUGGACAUUUUACAACAAAUUAAUUCAACUGACGAAACAGCGCCUGCAGAAGUGAAUACAAGCAACAACGCAAGCUCAAAUAAUAGUAACAUAAGUGACUCCCAACAAUACUCGAAUAGGCAAGAUAUACCCGUGUCAUCAGUGAGUUCGAGUAGGUUCCCACCGCCGACUGCGCACGGAGUUGCGACAUCUCCGGCGUUCUUGCAACCUCAAGUUGCGCCCGCGCCGCCGCCUUACCAGCACUAUCAGCCAAUGCCGCCAGCAGGGCUUUACUACCCUUCACCCUUCGCAGGCGCCCACACAGCAGGUAUGCAAAUGGCUCAAGACAGCCAGGCAAUGCGAGCACACGUUCCACUUGUGAUGCCGCCCGCGCCCCCGCCGCCCGUCUCGUUCGCGCCGACCGCUGCGCCCGCGCCGCCUCCCGUACAUCAGCCCAGCCACUACGCUAUGGAACGGUACCCGCCGCCCUACUACCCCAGGCAUCAGUAGUUCUGCGCCUUACUAUAGCUGCUCAUCGUAGUCUUAAUUUUUGAAAAAGUCAUUAAGGUAGUGGAUUUGUAAAAGUAGUUCAUCUACCAAAUUAGUAUUAAGGUCGAGGCUGCAAAUAAUUCUGAGCCAUGGUACAGUCUGUUUAUAGGACUGAAAAUAAAUAGUUUUUCUAUACAUUUGUGAGUACAUACUUGAUAAAAAUGAUCUAUGAAGCAAGUGUCGUAAAUCGAAUUUGUAAUGAUCAAUUACCUGUUUCAUUCGACGUUUUGUAUAUUACAGUUGCGAGGAAAAAAUCCAAACUUACAUAAAAGUGACUGACCAUUUUUGCAGUUUGUAGGCCACGCUCUAUUUUGGUGAUUUAUUGGUGGUUAAAGGGUUAUUCACCGCCUCCGUGGCUCCGUUCGCCAAGGCUCGAAUGUUAUUUCCGGUGGACCAAAUCUAGUUAUGCUCUGCUUUUCAACUAAAUCUGGACAUUUUUAAUCAACAAUAAUGACAGUGUGAUGAAAAAAUUCAUCACACUUGCCGGUAACUAGGAUCUUGUUACAUCGAUAUAAUCCAAGACAUUAGACACGAGUGUUUUAUUUAAAAUGACCCUACUUGUGCUUUAUUUAUGAUGUCCCGAUUAAGUUAAGUUUGUACCUCACUGCAAGUUAUAUGUAUGAAGAUAUUUUGUACCUACUCAAUUAUGAGAAAUGAACGUUUAAUAUUAUCAAAUUAUUAACAAUUAUUUUUGGGACAUGUUUUAAAUACGAAAAUAUCCUCUUAAUUAUAUUUUAAACACGGGCCUUAUACAGCGAACUAUGCUGGCUGUAUGUCGGUUUACCUUUGCCCGCGAAAAAAACUCACGUCAUUUUAAGUCAUUAAGAUUUUUUUUAAUAAGUUCAUAAACAGUAAAAAUGGUCGGUUAUUUCCUAAGAACGUACUGUAGCUUAUUUUCUCUGGCAAGUGUGAUGAAAAUAGACGUAUAAAACGCGCAUGGUACAUUGAUUAUUUCACCGACAAUAUAAAAAGAUAAUUAUUUCUUGAAAACUAUUUAUUUAUCAAACAACAAUGAUUAGCACAUUUGUUAAAAAUUAAAAUCUUAAUCAUUCGAAGCGUACUGUGUAAUAUUAGUUUUUGCGUGCAUGUUUGAGAGUUGGUGAAGAGAUGGAGAGAGCUAAGAAUCAUAUUGGUCCCAUUAGGUGGUGCUACGAUCAGAAUUUUUUAACUUCAAAGGUAGGACAACGUACUUCGGGCAAGCGAGUUUUUUUAUUUUAUUUCACAACGUGACGAGCGAAUGUUUUGAACAUCGAAUUAAUGUAUGAAACGUUAUAAUUUGAAAACAGUGACAUGUAUUUUGACAUUGAUUUAAAAAAUAUUAUAUAUGAUUAAUAUUACUUUCAAAUUCAUACUAAAAAUGGUAUAUUAUUUUUAAUUAUAUUAUAAGAGUAAUAAAAUUUGUAAAGUUUAAGUGAAAAGUGUUUAUAAAGGGAAAGACAACCCUACUUUUUUAUAUGUGCGAGACUUUAAAUUAGUACAAGUAGUAAUUCGAUUUGUACAUGAAGCCCAUAUAAUAUAUUAUAAAUAUAUAAAUAUUUAUUUAGUGAUGGGCGCCUGCCAUUGCCAGAUGGGUCCUCUGUAAGGACUAUUCCACCCUAUUCCCCAUGUUUGAGUCCCCAGGUUUACUGGUGCCCCGGCAGCAUCCCCCCAUGAAACCUAACAGUCUCUUUUUACUUGAAGCCCAUGCUUUAGUUUUUAUUUUUCUUAUUCCUUCUCAGGUUAGCGCUUGUCUUAAAUCUCAUCUUCUGCUUAGUUAAGAUUUAGUCUAAGAUGGUUACAAUGUAAAAUAUAUGACGCUAAUUUAGUGAAUAUUGGUUUUGGUCAUUAAUCAAUUUCUUAUACAUUAUUUUAUUAAAUGACAUCUAACAAAUUUCAUACCAAGUACUUUUACCCGCAACAAAACGAAGACGGUAUAUUGUCGUUGAUUCUGUAAAACUAAUAUGUUUUAAUAUUUUUUUUUAAAGUGUACCUAAACUUAACGCAUGUACAAAUAACAGAACUGGCGACUGCAAUCGCGGCCUUCACAUACAUGGUUGUCAUACCGCCAAUGCGAGAGAUUUGCCUUUUCUAAUCCUGUCGGUCCUAAAUUUGUUUGUGCAUUCUAAUAAAAACAUAAAUUUAAUAACUAAUAUUGCCAUCACUUCAAGCAACAUUAUUUUGAAUAAAAGUUUUUUUAUUACAUUGACUUUUACAUUUGCGUCCCUAAAAUAAAAAUGAUAAUUUCAGAGAAUAAUUACAGAAAUAUUAGAAUCAAUUAAAUAUGUUUAGUACCUGUAUAAGAUGGAGUCUUUUGAUGCGCCGCAAAAAUGCUGUAGCUAUAUUAUGGUGUAUUGUGGUGGUAUAGAUAGUAUGUUUGAAAGGUUAAUACCCUAAAUAAUAAAGGUUAAUAUCAUCCAUCUGUAAAAAAUAAUUUUUAUGAAGACAUUUUUUUACCAAGUUGUAUAAACUUCCAAAAAAUACAUAAUUUGCAUUGUCUCGAAACAUGUAGGACAUACGAUACUCGAAAACUAGCUACAUCCUUUUGAAAAUUGUGUAUUUGCAUUGUAAAAGUCAUUUAAUUUGAAAACUUACAUUUGAUAUAAAUACUUUGUUAUUAAAUUUAUUAUUAGCAUAUUACUUAAGUUAAGAAUUUAAUUUAAUUUUAAUGUUACCUUGAUACUCAAUAAGGAAUAGUAUAUUAUUUGCUUCCUUCCUGAUUUUUUAAUAACUAUAUUACCAGCUAGGUAUAGUACUAGACCAACAAAAACCCCAUUUUUUCAAUUAAAAUUAGAUUCUGUUACCCUACUUAAUAAUAUAAUGUUUGAAUAAAUAUUCUCUGUCACUAAAUGCUGAUUCAUUGUCUAUUGAUUUACUAUAAAUAAUUACUUUCUGUAGAAAAACAAUUGUGUUCAUAUUUUUCUGACCAACAAAUAAAGUAUUCUUAA